AUGCACCUGAAUUUACGUGUAUUACUUGCUUUGCUGCUCUUAACAAGUGGUGGAAGAAAAAACAACGAUCUUCGUUGCCAUUUGCAAUCCCUAUGGCUUGGUCUGAUCCAGGAGAACAUGACGUUAACAAUUGUUAUGCCAAGUAUACUUAACGGCCCUGAUAUCCGAAAACUUCUUAAAGACGACAGUUUUAGUGAAAUUUUGAGCGAACCAGCAUUAAAUGCAUGGGAAUCAGUUCGUGCGGUGAUCAAAAAUGUGGAUAUCAGUUCAAAAGUUGUGUUUAUAACUAACAAACUAUCAGAUAAUAUGCUUGCUAUUUUUGCUUUGGCUUUUUUGGCCUUGGCCACAGCUGGUCCAUUGAAAGAUGAUCCUGCUGAAGUUACUGCUGCCAAAAUCUUCAUUAACGAAUGCAUCGAAAAAGUUUUGAUUGACGGACUCCCAGAAGCUAAUAUUCCAAGUCAUGAGCCCCUUGUAUUCCACGAUGAUAACAUUCAAAUUGAUAUCUUAGGAGGGAUGGGAAGCCUUGAACUAUACGACAUGAUAUUGGAAGGCGUCCCAGAAUUUGAACUUAGAGAAGUCGUAUCUCACCCAGAAAACAACCCCAAUGGUGUUUUCUUCGAUUACACCAUCUACUGGAAAUCCAUGGUUCUUAAGAGCAAAUACUAUCUCGGGUUGUCGUUAGCUACACUCGGUGAAGGAGAACAAAGUAUAACCAUGAACCAUGUAACUUUCUCCGGUACCUGGAACAUGACCAAUGCCGAGGGCUUGAAACAAUCCCUGGAUGCUUUCACACUUAACGUUGAAACUAAAAGCGUUGAUGUGGUCGUCACCAAUACCCCCUUUAAUGUCCUAUGGAAACUCGCGGGACAUGCAAUGAAAAACGUCAUGAACAGCCCAGCUGUCAGCCAAGUUUUGUCAAAAGGUCUCUUAGAAAAAUUCAACGUGGACUGGAUGCAAAAAGGAGAAAGAAUCGACGCCAUGUUGAACUACUGCUGGCCAAAAAAUUAAGAAUAAUAAUAUGUAUAUUACUGAUAAUAUAUUAAUAAUAAACUAAGUCAUGAGUUAAAUAACA